AUGGUUCUUGCCCAAAAAGAGAUUGAUUUUUUUGAAAUGCAUUUUGUCCAAGGUGCAUACAGUCCAGGACCACAUAUAUGUCAAGAACUACUCAAAUUUCCUAAUACCAACCUCAUAACAAAACAGAUCCAACAAUUCUUGGGUAUAGUAAAUUAUGUGAGAGAUUUCAUCCCAAAUAUCUCUACAUACAUUUCUCCACUCACAGAGAUGCUCAAGAAAAAUGCUCUACCAUGGGGAAAGAAACAAGAUGAAGUAGUCAAGGAAAUAAAGGAGAUUUCUAAAAAUGUCAAGUCCCUCUAUAUCCCUUCAGACGGUAAGAAGAUAUUGCAAACUGAUGCCAGCAAUGAAUACUGGAGUGCUGUUCUAUUUGAAGAAAAGGAUGGGCUUGGCUCAAUAUCGGGAUAG